AUGUCACCUGUAGGUGCGGCCCUGCGGCAGCUGCUGAUGCAGGAGUUGAUCCGAGAGCACCACAGACUCUUCUCUAAAGUCCCUCCUCCGUCUCUGAGGCUCAUGGCCUCCAGUGGCGCCCCCUGUCUGCGCCAGAGGUCACUGCCACUGAUCACAGAGAGGGACGACCCAGGACAAAGCUUCGUUUCUAAAUCUGAGUUUCACCAAAAGAAAGUUCUGGGUCACCGUCACACCUCCUCACAUCCCGACACCUGCCUCUUCCUGGCUCCUCGCUCCUGCAGCCCGGCCCCGCGGCACCUGGAGGAACCUCUCCCAAAGGCAGACGCCCUGAGCUGGACCGAGGCCUGGACCGACCUACGGGACCCGGACCUGGACCUGGACCCGGGCCUGGACUGCUGGACUCCAGAGGCUCCUAACGAGGGUCUGGCCUCUCUCAGCAGCUCGGCCUCCACCUACGACAACCUCAGCGGCUCCUUCCAGAACCUGCCGGGUCCAAAUGGCGGCGAGCAGAAGGCGGACGAGUCGUGGUCGUCGUGUGACAUCAUCCCGUGGGAGGAGACAGAGAGUCCUUCUCCAAACGCAAAGAGACGCUCGAGUUUAGCAACGACGGAGACGACGAGAGACACAGAGGUCUUGGUGCAGCAGCAGUUUGAGUCGGCCCCCUGCACCACCCCCACGUCCCGCUCUGAUCCCAGCCUGAGUCCCCUGAGCACGGGCAGCUCUGAGGUCUUCCUUCCCUCAGGACCUCCAGAGCUCCAGGAGCAGGAGGGCAGGACCGGGACAGAGCAGCCCAGCGACCUGCACUCACUGCUGGGGGAGCUGCAGCGACAAAUGGCCCAGCAGAGGGAGGAGUACCAGGCCCGGAUCCAGAGACUGGAGCGCUGUAAUGCCGUCCUGGAGCGGCAGGUCGCCCUCUUGCGGCUGACCCUGGAACAGCAGAAGCGCAACCACAGCGUCGCCGAGACUCACAUCAAACACAUGCAGCGGCAGAAAGAGGACGCAGAGCAACGGAACCACAGACUGCAGCGAGACUUGGACUCGUUCAACCACACGGACAGUGACGUCACCAACCCACAGACUGACGCAGAGAAGAAGAAAAAGAAGAAGAAGAAGAAGAAGAAAGGUCCUCCACAGACCAGACCUCUGCAGAGUCUGUAG